AUGAAGCUUUCCACUCUUGCCCUUGGCAUCUUCGCCACUAUGGUGGCUUCUGCUGCUAUCCCUUCUGAUAACGGUCAAGCUCUGCUGAUCCCGUUUGUCACAAGCAUUCUGACUGCGGCGUCGGAUACUGCGAUCGCGGCAUCUGCGUUGCUGACCCCCCCCAAGCUGGCUCGCGAUGAUGCUUCUAACGUUCCUUGCGGCAAUAACAAGGAUUGCUUCAAUGGUCUUUGCGUUGAUGGUAUCUGCCAUUUUGGUAUUGGAGAGGGUCCCUCCACCGAUGUUUCGAAGGUUAAUCAGAAGGUUGAACGCGCCGACCCAGUCUGCCACAAGCACUCCGAUUGUGGUGUUGGUUACUGCGAUCGUGGUAUCUGCGUCGCUGAUCCUCCCAAGCUCGCUCGUGGCAUCGAUGCCGACCCCGUCUGUCGCAAACAUUCUGAUUGCGGUGUUGGUUACUGUGACCGCGGUAUCUGUGUCGCUGAUCCUCCCAAGCUCGCCCGCGACAUCAACGCCGACCCCGUCUGUCGCAAACAUUCCGAUUGUGGUGUUGGUUACUGCGAUCGUGGUAUCUGCGUCGCUGAUCCUCCCAAGCUCGCCCGCGACAUCAACGCUGACCCUGUCUGUCGCAAACAUUCUGAUUGCGGUGUUGGCUACUGUGACCGCGGUAUCUGUGUCGCUGAUCCUCCCAAGCUUGCCCGUGAUAUCAAUGCCGACCCUGUCUGUCGCAAACAUUCUGACUGUGGUGUUGGCUACUGCGAUCGCGGUAUCUGCGUUGCUGAUCCUCCCCAGUAA